AUGGAAUCGCAUGCAGGUAAGGGGGUGUUACACAAUCAAUGGAAGCUUGAUUGGAAUAUCAGGCUUUUGGCUUCUGCUUAUUCGGGAAUUGUGGGGUCUGGAGUAGUGUUUCUUAUCAUAGCAUGGUGCAUACAAAUGAGAGGGCCACUACUUGCCUUCAUUUUCAACCCUGUCAUGCUUAUGCUUGUGGCUGUUGUAGCUUCUUUCAUGUUGGAUGAGAAAUUGUAUCUUGGAAGUGUGAUUGGAGUAGUGCUGAUAGUGUAUGGACUACUACCAUACAUGAUUCUAUGGGGAAAGAAUAAAGAGAUGAAAAAAAUAACUCAAUAUUGCCAUCUAAAAUUAUACAAUUACAACAGCAGGAUCAAUAACAGAUUAUACAAGUCGUAG